GGAGGUGGUGGGAGUCCCAAGUUUUGGAAGCCUAGGCCUGAGAGAGGUCAAGGGUCAGUGCAGAGCCAGGGAGGAAAUGGUGAAGCAAACGAUCCAGAUUUUCGCGAGGGUAAAACCCCCUGUCCGGAAGCACCAAUCAGGGAUUUAUUCCAUAGAUGAUGAUGAAAAUUUAACACCUAGCUUGGAAAUUAUCAUACCUCGUGAUUUGGCAGAUGGAUUUGUGAAUAAUAAACGAGAAAGCUACAGAUUUAAAUUUCAGAGGAUUUUUGAUCAAGAUGCAAAGCAAGAGAUCAUUUUUGAAAACAUUGCCAAACCAGUUGCUGAGAGUGUGCUGGCAGGUUACAAUGGAACCAUCUUUGCAUAUGGACAAACGGGCAGUGGCAAGACAUUCACUAUCACAGGCGGGGCUGAGCGUUACAGUGACAGAGGCAUUAUCCCAAGGACACUGUCAUACAUUUUUGAGCAGUUACAAAAGGACAGCAGCAAAAUAUAUACAACACACAUUUCCUAUUUGGAAAUCUACAAUGAAUGUGGUUAUGAUCUAUUGGAUCCAAGACAUGAAGCCUCCAGAUUGGAAGAUUUGCCGAAAGUGACACUAUUGGAGGACACUGAUCAGAACAUUCAUCUGAAAAACCUGUCUCUUCAUCAAGCAACCACUGAGGAAGAAGCUCUGAAUUUGCUCUUCUUAGGAGACACCAACAGAAUGAUUGCAGAGACUCCUAUGAACCAAGCUUCAACCCGUUCCCACUGCAUUUUCACUGUUCAUUUAUCCAGCAAGGAGCCAGGAUCUGCAACUGUCCGGCACGCCAAGCUCCAUUUGGUGGACCUGGCCGGCUCUGAGCGAGUUGCCAAGAGUGGAGUGGGCGGCCAGCUUCUGACAGAGGCCAAGUACAUCAACUUGUCACUGCACUACUUAGAGCAGGUCAUCAUUGCCCUUUCAGAAAAACACCGUUCACACAUUCCUUACAGGAACUCCAUGAUGACCAGUGUCCUGAGAGACAGUUUGGGAGGGAACUGCAUGACAACUAUGAUUGCGACACUGUCUUUAGAGAAAAGGAACAUUGAUGAAUCUAUAUCAACCUGCAGAUUUGCACAACGAGUGGCACUCAUAAAGAAUGAAGCUGUUCUUAAUGAAGAAAUUGAUCCCAGAUUGAUGAUUAUACGCCUUCAAAAGGAAAUCCAGGAACUGAAGGAUGAACUGGCCAUUGUCACUGGGGAGCAGAGGACAGAGGCACUCACAGAAGCAGAGCUCCUGCAGCUGGAAAAACUAAUAACAUCCUUUUUGGAAGACCAGGAUCCAGAGAGUAGACUAGAGGUUGGCGCCGAUAUGCGUAAAAUUCAUCACUGUUUUCAUCAUUUAAAGAAACUACUGAAUGACAAGAAGGUCCUCGGGAACAGUACAGUCUCCUCUGAAAUCAAAGAGCCAGACUGCCAAGAACCGGUGGAAGAGGAAGAAUAUAAAAAGCUACGAGACAUUCUAAAGCAGAGAGAUAAUGAAAUCAAUAUUCUGGUCAACAUGUUAAAAAAGGAAAAGAAGAAAACUCAGGAUGCUCUCCACUUCUCUGGUAUGGAUAGAGGUGAAAUCAGACUCAUCCAGAGCUCACCCUUCCCACCUGGAAACCCAGAAGGUCAGAGGACUUCAGUAUUCUCAACUCCCACCCAGUCCCAGGAUUUCGGCACAUUUGGGUACAGAUCCAGUUUGCUCCACAAAAAAUCAGGGAUGCGAGAGGAAAUGUCAUUAGGGCGCCAGGAGGCUUUUGAAAUCUUCAAGAGGGACCAUGCUGACAGCAUUACCAUCGAUGACAACAAACAGAUUCUGAAACAGAGAUUUUCUGAAGCAAAGGCCCUGGGAGAAAGUAUAAAUGAAGCAAGAAGUAAAAUUGGUCACCUGAAGGAGGAAAUCACCCGGCGGCAUAUCCAGCAGGUGGCUCUAGGAAUCUCCGAGAACAUGGCCUUGCCCUCCAUGCCAGACCUGCAGGAAGACAGACUGCGAUCACAGCUGGAGGAAGAAAAGAGAAGGUACAAAGCUCUGUUCACUCGCCUGAAAGCCCUGAAGGUGGAGAUCGAGCACUUGCAGCUGCUCAUGGACAAAGCCAAGGUGAAGCUGCAGAAAGAGUUUGAGGCCUGGUGGGCAGAGGAGGCCACCAACCUGCAGGUAAAUUCUCCAGCAGCGAAUUCACUGGGCCACAUCAAGCCCCUUCCCCAGAGCGCUGACUCCCAGCAGGACGGGUCCCAGCUUCUCUCUAACCAGAGUUCUCGAAGCAGGGAAGCCCAAGAUCAAGGCACUGGGAGACUUGGUGUCUGUGACGUGAAUGCCAGGAGAAUCCUGCCCCCACCCUGCCCCAGCCGGCGCAGCCAGGAGCACAGCAGCCCCAGGGCCUGGCUGGAAGGCAGCCCCACUGAGCGGCCAGCUUCGUCGGUCCCUCUCACCGGAGACAGCCAGACGGACUCUGACAUCCUGGCGUUCCUCAAGGCCAGGCAGAACAUUCUGCAGAAGAAGUGUCUAGGAAGCAACUGACUUUCUGAGGAGAGUCCAGCCAUUUGUGGCUUCAAGAAUAAAAUGCAAAGUCACAGCCUCUUGCUCAUGGCUGGGAGCAACUGGUGAACUUGAACCCAGAGAAGGGAGCUGCGUUUCUUUAAGAUGGUGUCCUGGAGGCCGCCAGAGACACUGGGGCUGGGACUGGAGGUGACGUCCUUACUGCAGUUGCUGGAGCUGCCGGCAGGCCAGACAAUGCUGGGAACUGCUGGCAGGAUGAGGGGUUCAGCUCCCUUUCCUAGUGAUGUCUCACAUAGAUAAUGAUAAACCUUUGAAAUUAUGAGAUAGUGUCAUCAUAAUGUUGUGGCAAGGGACGCCCACAGUGGUGUGAUGUGGGGGGAGAAUAAUCAGUUUAAAUUUUAGCUAUUUAUCAGCCCACUGCCCUGGCCUGCCCACUAGUUUAGAAGCCCAGGAAUGGCCAGGGAGGACUCGAGAGCCCCAGGCAAGGCAGUGGAUUGCAGAGCACCUUGAUGGCCUCUCUCGGCCUAAACCCUCUACCAUCACCCUCAUGGCCUGGAUGACUUGCAGGCAGUUCCUGAACCAGCUGUUUCUCCAGGGAGACGUCCACCCUCCAGAGUCCCUGGACAUUGCAGCACCAGAGAACUGUGACAGCUUUCAAGAUCUGAGAGAGGACAGCUGGGUACCACAGGAACUCGGUCUCCACUCACCACUUGGGGCUUUGCAGGAUUUGGGCCAAACUCCCCAUUCACACAGGGAGAACAUGGCUACCCGGGUCUUGUCUCAGUGAUCCUGCCCAGCAUGCCAGGCACUGGCUCAGUGACAGAUCCAGUGGAUGGGGCCAGCCCUCAAGGAGACUGAGAGAACUAUAACCUGCAUUGGGACUUCAACCUAG